AAUAUAAGACGAAAGUACUGCUGCUCCAAAUUGUUAUUUCUUCUGCUAGUCAUACACUUUAAAAUUUCACAGAGAAUUUAAAGCACCCAUUGCAUUCCUUGUGACUUGAAAUCCUCUCACUCUCUCACAUACCAUAUUUUCAGUAUCUUUCCUUUUCAUUUACACGGGCCAUGGCCCAUAACGUGUUUCGGGCCAAACAGCAAUCGUCUUCUCCGAGAGACAAGUCUCUGUUCGCGGCGGCCAUAAUUGCGAUUUUACUUGUGUGUGCUAUUUGGUCAUUUACUGAUCCUUUUCCUAAUUUAUCAGGUUUGUUAUACAAUCAGAGUAUUAGUUCGCCGGAAUAUUGCCCGCCGGGACGGGAAGCUGUUAACCGGAGCUCCGACCCACCGGAGAAAACAUUCUACGAUGAACCGGAACUCAGUUACACUAUUAAUAAGCCAAUCAAAAAUUGGGACGAGAAGAGAAUCCAGUGGCUGAAGCUCCAUCCUUCAUUCGCCGGCGGAAGAGUUAACCGUGUGCUCCUCCUCACAGGAUCACAGCCCACUCCAUGCAAAAACCCUAGAGGUGAUCAUUUACUCUUAAGGUUUUUCAAAAACAAAGUUGAUUACUGUAGAAUCCAUGGCUACGAUAUUUUCUACGGCAACACGUUUUUUCACCCUAAAAUGCGUUCUUAUUGGGCCAAAAUACCGCUCGUUCGGGCCGCCAUGCUGGCCCAUCCUGAAUCCGAGUGGGUUCUAUGGAUUGAUUCGGAUGCUAUCUUCACUGACAUGGAUUUCAAAAUCCCAUUACACAAGUAUAAUGACUACAACUUCAUCGUCCAUGGCUGGCCUGAUUUGAUUUUUAAGAAGAAAAGCUGGGUCGCCAUAAAUGCUGGGAUUUUUCUUAUCCGAAACUGUCAAUGGUCUAUGGACUUCUUAGACGUUUGGGCCAAUAUGGGCCCGAAAAGCCCAGAAUACAAGCAAUGGGGUAAAAUCUUACGGACAACUUUCAAGGACAAAACAUUCCCGGAGUCCGACGAUCAAUCAGCACUGAGCUAUUUAAUACUGAAAGGAGAACAAAAAUGGCGUAGCAAAAUUCACGCAAUUACAGAUUACUCUCUACACGGGUACUGGCUAGGAAUAGUAAGUAGAUUUGACAAAAUCACGGAGAAUUACACGAAGAUAGAGAGAGAAGUACCGAAGUUACGGAGGAGGCACGCGGAGGCGGUGAGCGACAGCUACGCGGCGGCAUGGGAGCCGUUGUUGGCGGAGGGUGGUGACGGAAAGGGCGGAUGGAGGCGGCCGUUCAUUACGCACUUCACGGGGUGUCAGCCAUGUAGUGGGGACCACGCGGCGGAGUAUGUGGGUGAUUCAUGUUGGGUUGGAAUGGAACGAGCGUUGAACUUUGCGGAUAAUCAGGUGCUACGUAAUUUCGGAUUCAUGCAUGAUGAUAUCAAAAGCAAUUCACCAGUCUCUCCCGUAAAUUUCGAUUUUCCAGCACAAGAGGUAGAAGAAUUCGUGUGAAAAAAUAUAAUUACCUCAGGUUUUUACUGUAGGAUUGAAAUGUGGUUACAUGUGAAUU